GUGUUGCGAUGUUACCCCGCCUCUGUGUCAGUGUGACUCCAGCCAAUGACGUCCCUUCAGCGUCUGUAUUUGCGGAAAUGCUGUUUCAGUACAGUAUGGUCUUGAGCUGAGGGUGCUGCUGCUGCUUUCACUACAUUACUUCAGCUGAAGUAUUUUUCCUCUUCAGAUGAAAAAAUGAACAAAAAAACAGAUGAAAGAGACUUUUGGAGGAACUCUUGCCAACUUUAAGAGUGACUGUUUAACUUCAAGCAGAUGCUCAGAUGUCUCUUGGUUGCUUUUCUCUGGAUUUCACCUCAAUCUAAAUUUCAGUCAUGGGAAUCUUUCCUUUCAUGUCUAAGUUAAUGAGGAAGGGGAAGUAUCUGUUUCUUCUGUUGUUGUGCCUUUGCGUUGUAGCAUGGAUAGCAACAUUCUCAAGUGAUGACAGCAUUAAAACUGCCCAGGAGCAAUUAAAUCGUCUUGGCGACGUUAGGAGUGGUGGCGGGUUUCGUCAGUUGGAGCUGGAAUCAGAAAUGAUGCAGAGCAUAGAGGAGCGUGUGGAGGAGCAUGUGGAGGAACAGUUACCCAAACAGAGCUGCCCAGAGCAUUCACCGCUGCUCCGAGGUUCUUUAAAGCUGUCAUUUGAGCCCUCGCUGACGAUAGAUCAGGUAGAGAGUGAAAACGAGGAGGUCAUGGAGGGUCAAUAUAACCCCUCUGACUGUACAGCCAGACAGAGUGUGGCCAUCCUUAUCCCUCACAGAAACCGAGAGAAGCACCUGCUCUACCUCCUCUACCACCUUCACCCUUUCUUACAGAGGCAGCAGCUUCACUACGCCAUCUAUGUCAUUCACCAGGCUGGAGAUGCUACAUUUAACAGGGCAAAGUUAUUAAAUGUUGGCUACCUCGAGGCUCUGAAAGACCAGAACUGGGACUGUUUCAUCUUCCAUGAUGUUGAUCUGGUUCCUGAGAAUGAUCAUAACUUAUACAUGUGUGGGGAACAGCCUAAACACUUAGUAGUGGGGAGGAAUUCCACUGGGUACAAACUCAGAUACAAAGGUUACUUUGGAGGGGUUUCAGCCAUGACAACGGAGCAGUUCCACAAGGUGAAUGGCUUCCCAAACUCCUACUGGGGCUGGGGUGGAGAAGACGAUGACCUGAGGAUAAGGGUGCAACUGCAGAAAAUGACAAUAAUUCGGCCGUCGCCUGAAGUGGCACGCUACACCAUGGUCUUUCACAAAAGAGACAGCGGCAAUCAAGUCAAUAAAGACAGGAUGCAACUGUUACGCCGCACUCAUCACAUGUGGAUGAAGGAUGGUUUGAAUUCCUGUUCCUACAAGGUUGUGUCUAUCGACAGAGCGCCACUCUUCAUCAACAUCACCGUGGACAUUGGCCAGCCGGAGCGUGAUCAUUGAGCAUGCCAUGUGUUUGGAUAUUAAAUUUCAAGAGACAUUUUGCGUUGAAACAGCAUUCACCAGUGCCUGCCAGAGCUGAUAUAGGUGUUGUUGCUCCACACCAGGUUGCACUAUGAAUCUGUCCUUUGGAACUGUAAGAUAAUAUGGCCAGAAUAUUGAUCAAACACUACUUUUUAAGUAUUACAGUAAUCAAGUAGAAUUUAAAUAGACUGAUCAGGUAUAGCUUUCAAGGUUGAAAAAAAAUUAAUAUUCAUUACUUCUAGUGAAGUUAUAGUUUCAUAUAAUGCAUUCUGUAUGGCUUGUAUUAAUUUAGGUCAUCACAGAAAUAUGGCAAAACAUCUGGAAGUAAUGGAAAACAAAAGAGCUGUACCUGACUGGUCAGUAGAGAUAUGUUGUUAUGUACAGUAGACUUAAAUAUUGAUAUAGAUAUAAAUAUAUGUGGGCAGAGUAGGUGUACUUUUAUAACAAGUUUGCAUGUUCUAUGAUGUUGAUUCCAGCUGAACAUGCUUCAGCUAUCGGUCUGGUGGAAACUUGUAGAUUUUUAGUAGGUUUUUGGGUCCAGAGAUGAUGUUUAAUCGGGUCAGUUUCAUUUCAGUGAAAUGUAGCUGUAGAUGGGUUCAUUAUUUUACAUUUAGGCCAUUGUUUAAGACAGAUCGGCUGUUCACUCAUAAAACUGGGUGGUGUUACUUUACUGACUUUAUAAUAUGAUGGGCUGUCCUGGCGGGGUUUAUAUAUAAAAACCCUUAAAGGGGAAAUAUCAUGAAAAUCUGAAAUUUUCCGUGUUUAAGUGCUAUAAUCGGGUCACCUGUGCAUCUACCAACCCAGAAAACAUGAAAAGGGACAACCCAGUAACUUUGUUUUGGUAAGCCUUUUUCUGCAAGCAUGUGAAAAAACGAGCCGCUCAGAUUUCGCUCCCCUUGUGAUGUAGUAAAGGGAUCUUAUUAUAAUAUUAGCACCCCUUAAUCUUUACGUUUCCACCCAAGACGCCGCCAUUUUGUUUUCGCAAGCGACAACGGUGUAACAGUCCUAACACUGGUCCUGGAGUGCUGCUGUCCUGCAUAGUUUAGCUACAGCCCUGAUCAAACAUGCACCUGAAUGAAAUUAUUGAAAUUACUAAAGCUACGUGAAGGAAGGUAAGUUGGGUCGGAGCAAAACUGCAGGACAGCAGCACUCCAGAAUGACCAUCCUUGAGCUUGUGAUAUGUGAACAUUAUAUAUGAGUCUCCAUAAACUGCUGACAUCUGAGCCACUAAGGAUGCAGCGGUGUAAUUUUAUUUAUGAAGGGAAUGUGUCCAAAUAAAUUCAUAUACCAGUAUGUGCACACGAGGCUCAGUAGAACACAGGAUUUGCACAUAAGUUGAUUCAGGAACUUUCCUAAAGCUGAGUCUGACUAGAAACUGAUCUUGACAAGCUGAAUUUCAACACAAUACGUCCGUGUGUCUUAUUAAACCAACUGAUGAGUGUGGGAACGUGAAUGUAAGUUUGGAUUUUAUGUGGAUAAUUAUGAACUCCAAGAAUCUGUAUAGUUGGCCAGGUCAUUAUCUAGUGUUGUUGAAACUUGACAAACAGAAAUCAAGCAUUCUGUAUUUUUUUUUUUUUUUUUUCUCAGACAUUCUAGGUUAAAACAAUUACACAACUAUUAAAGUGCAUGAAGAUCAAAUUAAGUAACAAUAUACUUAUUUUCUAUGAGCUUUUGUCAUAACUUUUUGAUUUUUAUUUCCUGGUAUCAUAUUUGCAUCUUUACUCAGUUUUUUACUCAAACUUUACAUUCUGUGGCACACAUUUAAGAGAUUUGGGUGUUGUACCUGUGAACAUUAUAUUAAUUUUAUACUGUAAGAAAAAUCAUGGGCAAAGGUUUGCGAAUAUUAUUACUUUCCACGAAUAGGGUGCAAAUUGGGAUCCAAUAACCAUUUGUAUAGCAGUAAGAGGAGAAAACAUGUUCGGUGAAAUGGGAAUUUAUAUUUUAGAUAAACUUUUACCUGCCAUAAAAUUACCACAUGAGUACCUUUAAACCCACUGAAUAUCUCUACAGCCCCCUUGAAAUGGUGAUUUUAAAAAGAAUUAUAAUAUAGUAUGAAUAAUAUAUUCAGUUUGACAUUCUGAGGUUUUUCUGAAGGUUGAGCACACCAUUUGAUAAAUCUUUGUUGAAAAGGAAACUCAUGACUGUUUUCGUACCCUUUUCAUGGAAAGUGCUUGCCACUCAUGCAGUGUUGAAUCUGUGUGUGAUAUUGAAAAAUCCAGUUUGAUGAUGUUAAUACUGCAAUAAAGAAUGACACAGACUGUA